CACCAGCCGACGGGCGCUUUAUUUAUUCUGGCCACCGUGGCCAUACUUCUUGUCACCUUUACUUCUCUCUCCAUUUUUUUUGUUUGAAUGCACUGAACUCUAUGUAUUUAUUGGCCAAAACUGCACAAAUGUGGCUGUUUUGCACGAGAUGCCUCACGAUCACGACAGGGUUCAGCGACUACCGAACCUCCUCAUCCUCACCGGUCCCUGCUGUUCCUUCCUGCCCCAUCCGCCCCCUCUACUAUAUACUCGCCAAAAAUUCAGCACCGAGACAUCCUCUCCAGCACAGACAACUCCUGUCCCCAUCUUUCUACACACAUACGCACUCGAAAUUCGGGGCUCAGGUUCGACACCGACAACCUUUCGAACUCCUCACCUUUGAUUCUGGGACGGAAAUAUCAGUCAACAGGAUUCUUACAUCUGAGGCUAUCAAUCGGAUUCCAAGACCUAUGGUACUCGGUUGGAGGAUCUCACGAAAGCCCACCAUCCCCGGUAUUCACUCGAGUGAUCAACCGGAUUCCCAGGCCUUUGGUACUCAGAUGGAGGCCUGCCAGCCAGACUGUCAGAUCUUUGGUUUUGAGGAAAGGUCCGUUUGCCAGAUCUUUGGUGUUGAGGAAAGGCUUGAGAUGGUGACCGCGGGGGAGCAGGCGAUUAUCCCUCUGGCUUCUGCACCGCUGCAAGUGCCAGAGGUUAGUCUCCUCUCCCUUUCCCACCUUACUAUCGCGGUUGUCAGCUAAUUUUCCCAUAUUGUAGGUUCUUCGCUCUUCUUUUUCCUAGAAACCGAGCUCCAAAGAC